CUACAUCAACUAGUCAAAAUGGGUAAGGUCCACGGCUCUCUCGCGCGUGCCGGCAAGGUCAAGUCGCAGACUCCUAAGGUCGAGAAGCAGGAGAAGAAGAAGUCGCCCAAGGGCCGCGCUAAGAAGCGCGCCCAGUACACCCGCCGCUUCGUCAACGUCACCCUCACCCCCGGCGGCAAGCGCUCCAUGAACCAGCAGCCCGCGGGCAAGUCGGGUUAAUCGCAACUCGACACAUACAUGUAGACGGCGAGCUUGUACGGUGAUGGAGAUCCUGCAUCAAUACAAUGGCGGGCCGCAUGUCGGUGGCGCGUGCAGGCACGCGUCUGCAGUGGGAUGCGACCGAGAUCAUCGAGCAUCGCGGGCGCCUUAUGCCUGGAUGUUCUCAGGUAUCACCCACUCACGUGGCUCGUCCUUUCCUCCCUCUCAGCACUGUGGUUGGCGAUCGAGCAAGUCAUCCAUG